AUGCCCUUGGGGGGGCUCCUGCCGCUCUUCGGCAGCCCCGCGGGCGGCGGCCUGGGCGGGGGGCUCGGCGGCGGCGGCGGCAGGAAGGGGUCUGGUCCCGCCGCCUUCCGCCUGACGGAGAAGUUCGUGCUGCUGCUGGUGUUCAGCGCCUUCAUCACGCUCUGCUUCGGGGCGAUCUUCUUCCUGCCCGACUCUUCCAAGCUGCUCAGCGGGGUCCUGUUCCACUCCAGCCCCGCUUUGCAGCCGGCUGCGGACCACAAGCCCGGGCCCGGGGUGCGCGCCGAGGACGCGGCCGAAGGGCGAGCCCGGCACCGGGAGGAAGGCGCGCCUGAGGACCCGGCGGUGGACCUGGAGGACCACCUGGCCAGGAUCCGCGAGAACCACGAGCGGGCCCUGAGGGAGGCCAAGGAGACGCUGCAGAAACUGCCCGAGGAGAUCCAGAGAGAUAUCCUGCGCGAGAAGGAGAAGGUGGCUCAGGACCAGCUGCGGGACCGCGCGCCGUUCCGGAGGCUGCCUCCGGUGGACUUCACGCAGCCCAUCGGGGUGGAGAACCGGGAGCCCGCCGACGCUUUGGUCCGCGAGAAGAGGGCCAAGAUCAAAGAGAUGAUGGAACAUGCUUGGAAUAGUUAUAAACGCUAUGCCUGGGGAUUAAAUGAACUAAAACCUAUAACUAAAGAAGGCCAUUCAAGCAGUUUGUUUGGCACCAUCAAAGGAGCAACAAUAGUAGAUGCUCUGGAUACACUUUUUAUUAUGGGAAUGGAAAAUGAAUUUCGAGAAGCAAAAGCAUGGAUUGAAGAAAAUUUAGAUUUUAAUGUGAAUGCUGAAAUUUCUGUUUUUGAAGUAAAUAUUCGCUUUGUUGGCGGACUACUCUCAGCCUACUAUUUGUCUGGAGAAGAGAUAUUUCGAAAGAAAGCAGUGGAACUUGGGAUAAAAUUGCUCCCUGCAUUUCAAACUCCCUCAGGAAUACCUUGGGCGUUGCUGAACAUAAAAAGCGGCAUUGGAAGAAACUGGCCCUGGGCCUCCGGAGGCAGCAGCAUUCUGGCAGAGUUUGGAACCCUGCAUCUGGAGUUCAUGCACCUGAGCCACUUAUCAGGAAACCCCAUCUUCGCUGAGAAGGUCAUGAAUAUUCGAAAGGUACUGAACAAACUGGAAAAGCCAGAGGGCCUUUAUCCCAACUACUUGAAUCCCAGUAGUGGGCAGUGGGGUCAACAUCAUGUUUCAAUUGGAGGACUUGGAGACAGCUUCUAUGAAUAUUUGCUAAAGGCCUGGCUAAUGUCUGAGAAGACAGAUCUAGAAGCCAAGAAGAUGUAUUUUGAUGCUGUUCAGGCCAUUGAGACUCACUUGAUCCGCAAAUCUAGUGGGGGCCUAACUUACAUUGCAGAGUGGAAAGGGGGCCUCCUGGAACACAAGAUGGGCCACUUGACCUGCUUUGCUGGAGGCAUGUUUGCACUUGGGGCAGAUGGAGCCCCUGAAGGGCUGGCCCAGCACUAUCUUGAACUCGGGGCUGAAAUUGCCCGUACAUGUCAUGAAUCUUACAAUCGUACAUUCAUGAAACUUGGACCAGAAGCCUUCAGAUUUGAUGGUGGUGUUGAAGCCAUUGCUACAAGACAGAAUGAGAAAUACUACAUCUUACGACCAGAGGUUGUUGAGACGUACAUGUACAUGUGGCGGCUGACGCAUGAUCCAAAGUACAGGAAAUGGGCCUGGGAAGCCGUAGAGGCCCUGGAAAGUCACUGCAGAGUGAAUGGAGGCUACUCGGGCCUCAGGGACGUUUACUUCACCCAUGAGAAAUACGAUAAUGUGCAGCAGAGUUUUUUCCUAGCAGAGACAUUAAAAUAUUUGUACUUAAUAUUUUCUGAUGAUGAUCUUCUUCCACUGGAACAUUGGAUCUUCAAUACGGAGGCACAUCUUCUCCCUAUCCUCCCUACAGAACAAAAGGAAGUUGAGGUUAAAGAGAAAUAAUAAGAGAUUUUAUAUUAGACUCUGCUCCAUUCCCUUCACUGCAUACCUUAAUAAGUCCUUUUCUGAUAAUCAGACACAUGAACUCUUAUUAAUGUCUGUGUUACUCUAAGUUGUAAAACUGUUUUUGCAGUCUUUUAUGUUUGCUACCAUAGCAUAAUUGGACCUGAAUUCUUGAUUGUGUCCUCUGUUAUUCAGUCAGUGGAUCCACAGGUUUUUAUUAUAAGUAAUCUAUUAUCUCUGGAAUUUAGGAAGGAAUAAUAAUGGUUUUUAUGAAGCUGGAUGUAAUGGUAUACCAGUGACCUCUUAAUUAUAAUUUGAUUUGACUGCAAAAAGUUUUCCUCCUCUAUGAGGAGAUGAUGUCUGCUUUAAGCUGUAAUGUUUUGCCAUGUUGCAAAAAGCCAUAAUAAUAAAUUAAGUAUUAAAAAGCUUUUUCCUUUUCAAUUUCUUGUGAACCUGGUUUGUCUAUCCACCAGAGACAGAUCUUAUAACUGUGACAGCCUCCUUAAGCAGGUCUAUCAUUAUUUGAUAGAAUAUCCUCUAAAAUAUGUCACUCACGUUGUAAUUCAAAUUAGAAUGUCAUCCCCAAAGGCUCAUCUCGUGUUGACCUCAUUCCAUUAGAAUUGCAGGAUAUUUUUGUCGGUUCGUUGUAUUAGUGUUCCCCAGUUUGUGACUCUGUUCUCUACUUAUUUUGAAUGCUGUGUGUCACUUCUGGAUCAUGUGCUUCCUAAUUUCUUCCAACCCCCACUACACAGCAAGGUGAAUAAGCUUUGCAGAGCGCUGCUGUCACUAAUUGUAGUUUCUAAAUGAAACUGAUGCCAUUUUCAGUGGGGCUUUGUCUUUUGCUUUUACCUGGAGAUAUAUAAGGAAAUUGGGUCUCUGAAAAGAGAGAAUUUUAUAUGGCCUUAGUUCAUUUGUUUAUGGCUCAUCGUUUGUGUGUGUGUGUGUAAAGCAUUCCAUUGGAGUCAAGUUUGAAAAGUUCCCUUUCUUAAACAUACUGAUUUGUUUCAUUUUGGUUUAUGAAAAUGAUAUUUGACUCUGAAAGAACUUUUGCAGAUUUGUUUAUUCAUGACAAUUAAGAAAAAUAUAAUAAUCUUUUGGGCCAAAUAAGAACUUACCUGUGGUUAGAAGCAGCUUAUAGGAAUGGACACUGUCAGUUCCCCACAAUUUGAUCUGCAGCUGCUCAAGGUAAUGACAUGGAUCUUUUAAACAUUAAGUUGUGAACUCUGAGUGGUUUUCCCAAGAAUGAAUUGAUGGCACUUCGUGUUCUCUUAUCAUUGAUUCAUAUGAUACCUGUUUCCCAUUAAAAAAAAGGCUGAUACGAUGAUGUACAUUCUGAGGCAUGACUUAACUUAAAUUCGCAACCUACACUGAUCAAACAGAUCAGUGCAACCUUGUGGAUUAGGCUGAAACAUAUGAAAUUGCUGCAUUUGUAGUAUAAAAACCGCCCUUAUCAGCAGUUUAAUACAGUGCAAACUAAUAAUAAAAAAGACACUUAGUUUCUUGGCUGCCAGCAAACUUAAAUAGUUUUAAUGUUUCAGCCUUUAAAAAUGUUCCAAAACAUUACCUGUGACAGGGUCACAUUGUAUGACCUCCUUUUCUCCGCCUCCCCCCCCAACUCCAGCAUUGUACAUCGGUAUGUCGAAGAAUAAAUUAGUAAAAUUAGCCAAAAGCUCAUCAAAGCCAUGUUCAUGUUCUCUGUAACCACAAUAGCUUUUCACACUCAUUGUUUCAGCUCUCUUAAUGAAACAAAUGAUAGUUCCCUUUUUUCCAGAACUUAAAGUCAGCCUACAAAAGUUAUUAUCAGUAUUAGGCCACAUGUGUUUACAGUGUAAUUUUCAUAUUAAUAUCCUUGAAUUAAUCAUUGAAAUUAGUUCAUUUUCUUUGCUUUCCACUUUGAUUUGGAAGAGCACAUUGAACUGAUAAGUAUUUUGCAGCAGAUAGGGUUUAAAGCCGAGCGGUAUAUACAAACUGCAAUACAAUGUCCUAUUUGUAUCCUAAUGUAAGUAGACAAGAAAUCAUACUGCUUGCCCCCUCUGCCAAAGGCAAGAAUAGAAUUUCUUGUUUUAGAGCUCAGAUUAUUUUAGCCCAAGUCCCAAAACACCAAAAAUGUAAGCAAGGAAAAAGAAUAGUAUUAGGAGAUACAAUUUAAUUAAAGUUAUGUUUUUGUGUUAAUUAUUUUAGACAGCUGAAGUCUUUAAGUAAACAGUAUCUUUGAUUCAUUUUCAACAAAACUGUGCAGUUGAAUUUACACAUAUAUUCACAUCUUGAAGGAUGAACAAUUAAAUUAGCACUUCAUUUUGUUUAUACAAUGUUUUUAUAUACCCUGUGCAAUUAAUAUUACAUAUAUAAGUUGUAUGCCGAUGUAAGAUCUCAUGACUAUCAUGACUUUCUCAUGUAUAUUAUCCAUUUUUACAUUGACUGUUUCUUAUUUGUACAUAAACCCAUCCUGUCAUUUCCAACUUUAUACAAAUCUCUAAUGUUAUGGAAACAAUAGAUUGACACAUAAUUUUUAAAAAUUAUAUUUGUAAAAUUUCUCUAUUGUGAAUAAAGUCUUUUAAUAUA